AUUAAACUUAACGUAUAUUUUUCCUCUGUCUUUCUUUGAUCUCAUCAACCGCCGAUGUCCAACACCGUGUGAACUUGAAAUGCAUCCAGCAGUCAGACAAUGUGUACGUGGCCAUUUUCACCUACACGGCCUUGUACAACGACGACAUGAGCUUCAACAAAGGCCAGAGGAUGGUGGUUCUUGAUAAAUCAACAGACUGGUGGAAGGUUCGGUUUAUCAAAAGUAAUCAGGAAGGUUUCAUCCCGAGUAACUACGUGGUGCCAGCUAAUUCUGUUGAGAAAGAAGAGUGGUUCUUCAAGAACACGAGGCGAAGCGACGCUGAAAAUCUGCUGCUGUUGAAAGGAAACACCAACGGCUCCUUUCUCAUUCGCGAAAGCGAGACUGUGAAAGACAGCUACUCUCUGUCGAUACGCGACGAACACAUGGUGAAGCAUUACAAGAUCCGCCGCAUGGACAACGGAGGGGUUUACAUCUCAACGCGCAAUGUCUUCCAAAGUUUGCAUGAACUCGUCAACCAUUAUCAGAGCACCAAUGCUGGGCUCUGCCAGCGAUUGACAGAUCCUUGUCGGAGUGUCACCCCAGCCCAGCCGUUUGAACAUAACACGUGGGAGAUCGAUCGGAGGGACCUCAAAGACAUUGCAAAGCUUGGAAGUGGCCAGUUCGGAGAAGUCUGGUUGGCCCUCUACAAGCAGAACAUGAAGGUGGCGGUGAAGAAGCUUCGAGAGGGAAGCAUGUCUUGCGAAGCCUUCCUCGGCGAGGCGAACAUCAUGAAGACCCUGCGGCACGAGCGACUCGUGCAGCUGUACGCGGUCGUGUCAUCGGAGCCCAUCCUCAUCAUCACCGAGUACAUGGAGAAAGGUAGCAUGCUGGACUUCCUGCGCAGUGAGGAGGGGAAAGAGGUGCGGAUUCCGAGGCUCAUCCUCAUGGCAGCAGAGGUCGCGGAUGGCAUGCAUCACCUGGAGAAGAUGCGUUACGUCCACCGAGAUCUGCGGGCGGCAAAUGUGCUGGUGAACAGCUUGCUGAACUGCAAGGUCGCCGACUUUGGGCUGACACGCAUCGUCGAAGAUAACGAAUACACGUCCAAAGCAGGUACCAAAUUCCCAAUCAGAUGGACAGCACCGGAGGCGAUGCAUUUUGGCCACUUCACCACCAAGUCUGACGUGUGGUCAUUCGGGGUCCUCCUCACGGAGAUGAUCACUUAUGGAAAGAUCCCAUAUGCAGGGAUGUCACACCAGCAACUGAUCUCGAACCUGGAUAAAGGAUUCCGCAUGCCCUGCCCAGUAAACUGCCCAAGCGAACUCUACGAUCAGAUUUUGCAGUGCUGGAACGAGAAAGCGGAAGAAAGGCCCACCUUUGAGUUCCUGCAGGAUAUGCUCUACGACUUCCACAUUAGCACCGAAGCACAAUAUCAGUAGGCAAUGCUGGAAUAAUGCACUGAAAAUGUUUACAAAAAUGAAUAUUGAUUGUAUGUAUUGUAUGUAUGUCGAACUUCGUUCGCACCGUACGUAGCCAACCGUGCUAAUUGGAGGUGCGGGGGAAGGACAACAAACGAAACACAUAAAUCAGUUCGAAAGAAAUGAGUUCUCAAUCUAUAUGAUUUAAAAGUGCAUACAUAGCUCCAGUGGCUUCCUAAUAUCGGAAGGAGGAGCGUUCCAGACAGCCGCAGAAGCGCAUCUGAAAGCGCCACGCGGUGCAUUGUGGCCGUCUCUGUUCGACGGUGAGUGUACAGGGGUGCAGCUUUGUUAGCAUGAGCCCUGUUGCAAAGAAUCACAGGUGACCCUCCCCUGGCCAAUACUAUCGCUCUUUGUCGUCUGGUGCCUGAGCCACUCUGGCCCACAGGUGGUGCUGGUGCAGGUGCACCGCCUGCGUUCUCAACAACUAUGCCACUGUGAUUGUGGUAUUCGUUUUUUUUUUACCAUUGUCUACAUAUCUUAUUUUGUAUAGCACUGAUCUCACCUCUUUCAAUGAGGUGUGUGUGGAGAGAUAAUAACAUUGAGGCUAAAAAAAACUCAUACAUUCGUGAAUGCCUGGAAUUAAUCACGUGGGGUUUUUUUUGUCAUCGUAUUUAUUAAGCGACAGAAAGAAACGGAUGGUACUCUUUGGCUCUUUCGGUAAAGUCACGUAGGUCGAAAUAAACGAAAACAAAUCACGACGUUUCGAUCGCAACACAAGCAAUCCUCAUCAGGUGGAACAACCACAGCAAGAAGUAUGCGAGAGAGCUGUCGUGGCAAGAGGUUAUAUAGGUAAGGAAGGGGGGGGGGGAGCAAGGGGGGAGAGACAGAGAGAGAGAGAGAGGGGGGUGGUAAAUUUGGACGUGACACGUUUCUGCAGGCCAAUCUUGCGAGUGGCGUUAUGAUGGAAUGGGAACGUUUGGACGUUCUGCCUUCACAGCAUUUUUCCUUGCCACGAUUUUGAAUCGAGGGAACUGCAUCUAAGCGUAGCCUGGCGUGUGGUGAGGCGGGCGGGGGGGAGGAGACGGUGGGUAGAAUUUAUUACAAGUUUUACAAGUGAAUGCUGGAAGUGACGCAGUUGUCCAAACACGCCGUUGUGUUUUCUUUAGCACGCUUUGCGCACAAGCGUUGUUUGCCGUUUCGAUCCCCCGUCUCAAAGUGUUACCCAAAGACCGCCGCCCCUCUCGAGCGCACGGAGACUCAGUACUGCUGAUUCAGUCCACGCCAGCCAUUGAUUUGCCGCAGAUAAGAAGAAGCGGGCAUCGCUUUCAAUGCUGUCGUACGUCUCCCCCCAUCACCCCACCCCACCCGGCAUACACACAUGGGAAGUGUUGUGUUGUUGUUGUUGGAGCACUACAAAUGUUGACCACAGGCAAAGCGAGGGGUUUGCACAAAUGUGGCGACACUUAGCUCGUACUAAAUGGGGAUGAAUAGUGAGAUUGAGAAUUACCACUCAGCAUGAUGUUUUGGUACUUGAGGUGUAAGGAUAAGAUGGGUUCUUUGGUUGAUUUCUAAAAGAAAAUCGUAGCAGUGUAAAUUAUGUUAUUAUAAGGGUUACGAUAACCCGUAUUUAUCCAUGGGUCUGGUCCAACCGGUCCUUAAAAAUAAAAUAAAUCCCAUAUGCCAUUAAAAUUGUUUUUAACAUUAAUUCAAUUACACCGAUAUAACUUAACACGCAUAGUUGAUAACACUAAAGUUAAGAGGUUUUUUUUUACAAGAAAGCUUGAGGCUUUUAGAGAUUCUACGAUUUCUUUAACGUUCCAAGACUACUGAAGAAUAUUUAUUAUUGAGCAAAGGUUUUGUUUUACUCAAAAAACAAUAAUCCGAAUGGUCUGUUCAAUGAUCAAAACUGGAAUUUGAUUGAAAUGGAUUAGGGCUAAACCUUCGGGAUUCCACUGUACUGUAUAUACGUGCUACAAAAGUUUGUGUAGGCACACUCAUACACACUUUUAUCCGUCAAAUCUGAACGUAUGUUCCGAAAAAAUUGUGAAUAUAACCACGUAAGCACAUCGCAUAUGCCGUAAUAUGUAAUAUGUAUAAAAAAUAAGUAAAAAAAAAAGUCUUUGCGUGUUGAUACAUAUUUUCUACAUCCGUGGAAUCAUUCAUUCAAAAUGAUUAAAGUAUGAUGAUAUCAGAAUCUGUAAAUAUAUAAAGUGUCAUUGUGAUGCAGUCCUUUGCAAACUUGAAUACAAACGCAAUACACUUUG